GCAGAGGGACAAACAGUAACAACAGGUUGUCACACCUAAAUACGUUUACCAGGUAAAUUAUUAUUUACUAAAUUUGGAAACAAAGAGCUCAAGGUUCAAAAUGUAUGAAUAGAACUGAACCCCGUAACAUCCAAGGAGGGGUAAUGAGAGCAUACAGCACAGAGAAGAGAGAUGCCGUGGCAACAGGACGUCCACAUGUGAAUAAACCAACAGAGACGAAGGAAGUUGUAAGCUUAACCAGUUGAAUUAUGAUUGUUUAACCUGAAGCUUUCAGGGACCAGUGACAAUAGAAAUCUGCAUCUGUAAACUCCACAGCAACGUUCAACGGCAGAAAAUAUGACCACAGCCACCAGACUCUUGGAUGAGUUGUGUCACCUAACGGCUCAGUCACUGGCUUCGCUGGAACCCUCAGAUCACUUUCAAGUUAUCAAAAUUCUUGGAGAGGGCUCGUAUGGCAAAGUCAUGUUAGCCGUGCACAAGAAACGGGGAACACCAAUGGCUCUUAAAUUCUUUCCGCGAGACUCCACGUGUCUCCUGUCAUUUCUACGAGAAUAUAAUCUGUCUUUGGCAUUCUGCACCCACCCAUCUCUAACUUCAGCCCUCGGUAUCGCGUUCUCCUCUCCAACCCACUACGUGUUCGCACAGCAACCUUGCAUGUAUGGCGACCUCUUUGAUGUCAUCGUUCCUGAGGUCGGUAUAAAGGAGAACCGUGUUCAAGGAGUAGCUUCACAGAUCAGUGGUGCUCUCUCUCACCUCCACACGCUCGGCUUCGUCCAUCGUGAUGUCAAACCCGAGAACAUCUUCUUGUGUGACAGUGACUGUCGCUGGGUCAAGCUUGGUGAUUUUGGCAUGGUGAAGGCUGCGGGCACAAGGGUACCGUGCGUGUGGUACAGCUCACCUUACUGCACACCAGAGGCUGAAAUGGCAAGAGUGAAGGAGGAAAUCAAGGGAGGAGAAGUGGACAACAAUGGGAACAAGGGGUGCACUGAAAAGACUCAAAGGAUUUUGGUAUCUGUAGAUGCCAGUACGGACAGCUGGGCAUUGGGUAUUUUGAUCUAUGCCAUGCUGAUGGGGAGCUCACCAUGGGCAGAGACUGUUUCAGACAAUAGUGCAUUUAGCAGUCAUUUACAGUGGAGUAAGUCGGGCACUUCGGAAUUGGAAAAGAGUGGGUCACGACAGUUGCCAUCGCAGUUUAUGGCGUUCACUCCUCUCGCAGCCAGUCUUUUCAGGUCCAUGCUUCACCCGCAGCCCGGGUGUCGAGGAAAACCUGAGGAAAUAGGAGCGUUCCUUGGAGGAGCUUGGCUUGUGGACAAUGAUGUCAGUGGGUGAUCCAAAGAAGGUCCGAGAUUAGACAUUUUCAUAUAAUCAUAUGGUUUCACUCUAAGGAAUGAAAAGUUUUGGUGUGAGAAAACUUUUUCAAUGGCAACCCUGACAUUUAUAUUCUAUGUAGACCUUAUUUGUUUCUGCCUAGUUGAGUAUUUUCCCAAACAGAUUACUGUAGAUUUCAGUUAAUACAUUUUAUUAACACAGAAUUUGAUACAAACAAAAUAAUAGAGACAAAACAUACACACAACAGUAACAUUGCUGCUCUUCAAAAUAAUGCAUAUCCUGCGAAGAUCAGUAGCAGACAAAAUCUGUCUUCGGGAGUUUAAAUCCAUAUUACUGCCCAAUUCCAGACCAAAUGGAUGUUUUCCGAUAUAACUAAAACUGAGAACAGGAGUUCUUUUGGAAAAACCAGUGACAGUCGCUUUGAGGCACAACAGUUUAUUCACAACCAUCUUGUGCAGCUAUUGUCUAUUUUCGUUGAAGUUAAUCACACUUUUUUAUAGCACGUUCCAGAAUACUUCCACCGAGUUCACCUUCAAAAUGAAAAUUCUGUCCUCAUUUACAUGCCCUCUUGUCAUUUCAAACCUGCAUGACUCAAACAGCACCCCAUUUGUUUCUACUGCAACCAAUGCAAGUGAAUGAGGGCUGUUUGAAACAUUCUUAAAAAUAUCUUCUUUUGUGUUCUGCGGAAAAAAGAAAGUCAUGGAGGUUUAAAAUGACUAAAGGUUGAAUAAAUGAUGACAUAAUUUUCGUGUUGAAGGUGAACUACUCCUUUAA